UGACUGGCCAAAGUCACCUGCACUUUCACCACUACACUCUACUAAUCCUAGGCCAGGGGUAGGCAACCUCGGCUCUUUUAUGACUCAUGGACUUCCAACUCCCAGAAUUCCUGAGUCAUAAAAGAGCCGAGGUUGCCUACCCCUGGCCUAGGCAGUCUUCUUUGCAACAAUACCAUAACAAAACAGAAGUGGUUUGUCUGAAUGUUUUUUUCUUUGCUCGUACAUCCGAGGCUAGCAGGGUCCACUACACAGCCGGGCUACCCCAUUUCCCGCGCCUUUACUUGAAAGCAAAUCCUACGGCGGUUCAAAGGCGUCUUUCUGAAAACCGUCAGCUCUUGGCAAACGAGUACGAGUAGCCCAUCCACCAAUUUAUGCGCCCUCUCCGGAAGACCGGAUUCACACGAAUUCCAGUUCCACGGGCAGGAAAAUUGCGGUGUGUAUGUGUGUUGGGGGGGGGGGAGAAACACUUUCCUUCGCUUGCUAGUCCGGGCACCUGGUGGGUGAUUCCAAUUCCCUUGCCUCGAAUGUCAGCGACGUGGCGGAGGGUCCCAUCACGGCGUUACCUAGUUGGCGGAGUCAAACAUCAUCUGCAAGCUCCCGCCGGCACGAACAACUCCACGGAGCGAAGUGGUGUCCUAAGUCCACCGGAGAGGAGCUGAGCAAAGGAGUUUUGCCUGGAUCUCUGAACCCAGGCGAGGCUUCCCCACUCGGGAGCAGCGGCCGCGCGGGAGUUGACUUGCCGGAGCUUCUGGCCCCGAGGACGGCAGGGUCUCUCCCAGCCUGCCGCUCUCCUGCGCUUGCCAGUCCCGGCCGCGGUCCCUUUAAGGCCUCCCGCCCGCCUGCCUUUCCGCGCCGUAUGGGCGGGGCUUGGGAGGCGGGGCUUCGCUGGAGCAGCACCGAGAGCGCUUCACCUGCAGUUCAAAGCGGCUGCGAGGAAUUACGGGAGGGGAAAGAGGCAGCCGGCGAAGCUCGGCAGCGGCGAAACAGAAGCAAGAAGCAGCAGCAGCAGCAGCGACGAGCACAGAGUUCCCGCUUUCGAAGGCAGUCGGCGAAGCGAGCGGCCGGGCGGGCGCGGAUCCUCGGCUGGCGGCGCGAGGGCUUGCCCAGCCCGGGCUGAGUUCGCGGGGAGGCGUCGGCGGCGUUGGAGACCAGCCCGAGCCCGGCACGGAGACCGGCGGAGAUGCCCACCGCUUGGGGGAUGCUACUUCUCUUGCUCUUCUGCAGCUGGGGCUCGGCGAAGGCACACAAUGGGGAUCUUACCGUCAGGCCCACUUGCAAACCAGGAUUCUCAGAAGAUGACUACACAGCCUUGGUUUCUCCAAAUCUCACGGAAAGACAGCAGUUCCUCAAAGUGAAAGUUAGCGGCUGCUCGGAGAGCAAGGGAACGCCGUACGAAAGUGACAGCUUGGACUUCAAGGUGAGGAAUGACGGGACUAUAUACACCACCAAACAGAAAGGAAAGAAGAACACGACAGCACACCUUCAAGAACCUGGCAAUAUUUUGCUCCAGUGGCGUCAUCACCAGAAUUCUUAUGGACUCAGGCGUCAAAAGCGAGAUUGGGUCAUCCCGCCAAUCAACGUACCAGAAAAUUCGAGAGGACCCUUCCCACAGCAGCUUGUUAGGAUUCGUUCAGAUAAAGACAGUGAGAUCCAUAUAAGAUACAGCAUCACAGGGGUGGGAGCUGACCAGCCACCUAUGGAAGUCUUCAACAUUGACCCUGUGUCAGGGAGAAUGUACGUGACCCGUCCAAUGGACAGAGAAGAAAGAGCAUCCUACCAUCUCAGAGCACAUGCCGUAGAUAUGAAUGGAAACAAAGUGGAGAAUCCAAUUGAUCUAUACAUUUAUGUGAUCGACAUGAAUGACAACAGGCCAGAAUUCAUAAACCAAAUCUAUAAUGGAUCUGUUGAUGAAGGAUCUAAACCAGGAACCUAUGUGAUGACAGUGACGGCCAACGAUGCUGAUGACAGCACCACAGCAAAUGGGAUGGUGAGGUACCGCAUUGUGACUCAAACUCCACAAAGUCCAUCCCAAAAUAUGUUUACCAUUAACAGCGAGACUGGAGAUAUAGUGACAGUUGCCGCAGGACUCGAUCGUGAGAAAGUUCAGCAAUACACAGUGAUUGUUCAGGCCACCGAUAUGGAAGGAAACCUUAACUACGGUCUCUCGAACACAGCGACGGCAAUCAUUAUGGUGACAGAUGUGAACGACAACCCACCCGAAUUCACUAGCAGCACCUAUUCUGGUGAAGUUCCAGAAAACCGGAUAGAAGUUGUUGUCGCUAAUUUGACUGUGAUGGACCGAGAUCAACCCCAUUCGCCCAACUGGAAUGCUGUUUACCGAAUAAUCAGUGGAGACCCUUCCGGUCAUUUUACCAUUAGGACUGAUCCUGUUACCAAUGAAGGCUUGGUAACUGUUGUGAGGGAAGUUGAUUAUGAGAUGAACCGAGCUUUUAUGUUGACGGUGAUGGUGUCCAAUCAAGCUCCUCUUGCCAGCGGGAUCCAAAUGUCCUUCCAGUCUACAGCCGGAGUCACCAUUUCAGUCACUGAUGUCAAUGAGCCCCCCUACUUCCCAACAAACCACAAACUCAUCAGGCUGGAAGAGGGUGUGCCUACAGGGACGGCACUCAUGACUUUUUCAGCAGUGGAUCCUGACCGUUUCAUGCAACAGGCUAUCAGAUAUUCCAAGCUGUCGGAUCCUGCAAACUGGCUGAAUAUUAAUGCCACAAAUGGUCAGAUCAUCACUGCAGCUGUCCUUGAUCGCGAGUCAGCCUACGUUAAGAACAAUGUCUACGAAGCCACAUUCCUGGCAGCUGACAACGGUAUCCCUCCAGCCAGUGGCACGGGCACACUCCAGAUCUACCUAAUUGACAUCAACGAUAAUGCUCCUGAACUUCAGCCAAAGGAGGCCCAGAUAUGUGAGAAGCCAAAUCUGAAUGUCAUCAACAUCACAGCCGCCGAUGCUGACAUCGAUCCAAAUGUCGGCCCCUUCGUCUUUGAACUGCCAAGCGUACCAUCUGCCAUUAGGAAGAACUGGACCAUUACACGUCUAAAUGGUGAUUAUGGUCAACUUGGUUUGCGAAUAAUAUACUUGGAAGCCGGUGUGUAUGAUGUUCCAAUCAUUGUAACAGAUUCUGGAAACCCUCCUCUGUUUAACAUGUCCAUCAUUAAGGUCAAGGUGUGUCCAUGUGAUGAGAAUGGAGAUUGUACCACUAUAGGAGCUGUCGCUGCAGCUGGGCUGGGAACCGGAGCCAUUAUUGCCAUCUUGAUAUGCAUCAUCAUUUUACUAACCAUGGUUCUGCUUUUUGUGGUAUGGAUGAAACGGAGGGAGAAAGAACGUCACACUAAGCAGCUACUCAUUGAUCCCGAAGAUGAUGUCCGGGACAACAUUCUUAAAUAUGAUGAAGAAGGUGGUGGAGAAGAAGAUCAGGAUUAUGAUUUAAGCCAACUUCAGCAGCCAGAGAAUAUGGAUCAUGUUUUAAACAAGCCAAAUGGAGUCAGGAGAGUGGAUGAAAGACCUGUCGGUGCUGAGCCACAAUAUCCUAUACGGCCUGUCAUCCCCCACCCUGGAGACAUCGGGGACUUUAUUAAUGAGGGCCUCAGAGCAGCUGACAAUGACCCAACAGCCCCUCCCUACGACUCCCUUCUCGUCUUUGACUAUGAAGGAAGUGGUUCAACAGCAGGAUCGGUAAGCUCACUUAACUCCUCAAGCUCUGGAGACCAAGAUUACGACUACCUUAAUGACUGGGGACCGAGGUUCAAGAAACUGGCGGACAUGUAUGGGGGUGGCGAGGAUGAUUAAAAUGACCUCACUUUUCUUGUUUUGCAAAAAGAGGAAAGAUAUAGCAUUUAGAAGAAGAAGAUGGAGAGAAAGAGAGCAACCCAAGGUGGAUGAAAGAAAAAGAAGAAAGGAGUAAAACAAAAACAAAUUAAACAAAAAAAAAUACAAAAAAAAGAGAGAGCAAAAGCAGAAGAGGAAUCAAGAUCUGUUCAAAGAGGCAGCUUUUUUAAUUAAUACCUUCAGCCAACUGUAUUCUUUUUAGUGGUGACUUAGAACGUUUCUUUUGCUGUUGUUUCUUUCUUUCUUUCCCCCUUUCUUUCUUCUUUUUCUUCUUUUUUUUUUAAGAACAUUGAGCUGUCUAGCAUGAACACGUGUCUCUGCUGCCUUUUUUUAUUUUAAUUGUUUCCCCUCCCUCAUGUGUCAGCAGGGAUCUUGCUUGUUUUAACCACUUUAUGACUAAAGGGAGUGAAAGGCACUCUGUCUUAACUUGAAUUUCUUAGAACAGAAGCACUGUUUUUAAAAUAUAUAUAUAGAUAUAUAUAUUUGAAAGUGCCUUUUGGUACAUGUAUCAGAUUCCCUCAAUCUCAGGAGUGUUCAAAAAGAAACAAACAAUUUACGUUUCCACCGUGUCCUGGACACCACACUCUGUAACCCUAAACCAGUUCUAGCUUGGAAGGAAUUAAGGAAUUAACAAAACAAAACACCAGGAACAAUGGUAUGGUUUAUCUUUUGGGGCUUUAUUCUAAAAGAAAAAAGAAACCCAGCAGAAUUGUUUGUGGGUGGGGAAAUAACAAAAGAAACGUGAUGUUAGUAUACAAGAGAGGAAACCAAACUUAGAAAUCUUUUUGGCCUAAAAAAAAAAUGGUGAACUCAGUCAACCUGUUGUAUAUAUCAUUCAUUGUUUAUCUGAUGCAAAAUAUUGAAUUGGGUUUUCUCUUGUGACUUGGCCACAUGUGAUGUAGCUGCAUAGAAUUAUAGCAUUGGAAAGCCUUGGCGAAAUACAAGGUGACGCUCUUACCUAAACUUUACAGUAAAUGAUCCGAAGACCAAAGUGUAACUUUUGUCUUUCUUUUCAAUUUCCUUUUCAUCCUUUUUUCCAAAAACAAAAAAAGACUUUUUUUCUUCUGCUGAGUCCAUGGUGGAGUUAUGUAUUGCUAAUCGAUGUUUGUUGCAAUGAGUAGGAUGUGGGAAUCUGGUGGAAUUCUUUGAUGUAUAGAACUGUAAGCAUCUGGAGAAGUGAUUUCAGAUUAACCAGCUUGGUCACCGGAGAUUAAAAUGUGGGAAGGCAGCACAAUUUAUUUUGGCCACAUAAGACUCUGAAUAUUAUAGUGUGGGUCCUAGUUGGUGUUUUCUCUCCUAGGUUGUGUUAACACAGAGCAUCAGUUUUGUAGACUUGUUUUCUUUUUGGCCACAAAAAUCACCUUCCUAUUGCAUCACAGAAAAUGAGCAUGGCAAAGCACAAACAAACAAACAAACAAAUCUAACUCCCUUAUUAUAUUAAUAGAUGGUUGAAGGCCAGAGAAUUUGGCCAAAUAUUUGAGCUGCCUUAUUUUGAAGAAUUAUAAAAUGAAUUGAAAAAAAAAUAAAACAAUGCCAAGGCCUAGCUUGUGGGACCAAUAGUCCUUAAAAUACUUUGAAUGCCAUUGCAUCAAUAGAAAAAAAAAACCUUAACAAAGAACAUUAUUUUACUGGUGUUAUAAUAUUUAUUCUUGGAAGGAUUUUUUUCUUCUUCUUUUGAUUUUUUUUAAAAAAUAAAUCAGACUAGAUAGGCCUCUAGCCUGAAUCAAUAUGUGAAUUUCCAUACUAUUAAACAGCAGACAACAGUUAUAGAAGUAAAUUUGUCUAUGAUCCUCUGAUAUUAGGGAAGAAAAACAAACGAUUUCAACUGAAAAGCACAUGCAAAUCAAUAGCAUAUAAAGACUAAUCAAAUAGCUAGGUUUAUCUGACCAUUUCUUAAUGGGUUACUUCCUUGUAAAACAACAACAAAAUUAUUGUUUGAUACUUGAUUUUCAAAUUGUCCAUAUUUCCCAAAGUGUAAUUCAAGUCAGGAUUCACUUUAGAAAUUUUACAUGUGUUUGACUUAAGCCGUGAAUAUCAUAAUAUUCUGCAAGAAUCUUCACUUUUUGAAUUGCCCACUGCUACUUAUAAAAUCAUGACCAUUUCAAACAAUCUGUUACCCUGCUUGGAAAGUCAGCUCAAUCCCAGUUCAAUAUUAAUUAUUUUUUGCAUACGUAAUAAAAUUAGGUCCAGUAAACUUUUCUCAUGCCAUGAAUGUUGUUCCUGAAUGCAACACAGCUAAAGUAAUGUUUCCAGACUGUGGCAAACAUCAGAUCUAAUCAGAUCCGAACAGAUGAUUUCUGAUAUAAAAGCAACAGGCAAAAUCACUUUGUAAAAACCAUUGCAUCAAAAAUUAAUCCGCAAAGUAGACCUAAGACAAACCCACAGCCAGGAAAGGAGCUAGAAAAUAAAUAAAAGCAUGAGAGAAGUGACUGUAAUUCAGAAAAAGAUGGUCUCUUUGAUCCUCAGAAAUGUUUGAUAUGGGAUAUACAACCUCAGGUAGAUUUUUGAGGUCUCGGUUAGUGAUCGUUCACCUAUUUUGCAUAUAGUUAAUUGUUGGGGCAGGCUUUGGCUUUGUCGGGUAAAGGUUUCCUAAGGAAAAUGUUGGGAAAGUUUUUUGUACAAGAAUUUGCAAUUGUACCUUCAGUCACAACAGUCUCACACCACCUUGAUGGAUGCAAAUGGAGAAAAGAUUCUUCCCUCCCCCCCCCCCCUCCAGCCAAGAAUUAGUCUUCUUUAGAAGUACCGAGUUCAUAUUUUAAGAACCGUCAGCUUGGAUAAUUCCCCCACACUGAGUUUCUUCGGUAGAAAGAAAUGCUCCAUAUUUGGAAAAGCGGUUUUAUUUUCUGGGGGCUGGGGGAAUGAGAGCCAGAAGCGUGUUUGCCAUAAAUUCCCUUUGCCCACAAAUGACUACGUUAAACAGCAUUUCAUGUAGAACCCCGAAUAGAGAUGAAACCUUGAGAAGUCAUUUAUCUCUAUUUUUUAGAACACGUGCAAUUUUCCUCUCUAUGUAAACAUGUAGGCACAACAUCUUUAUUUUAAAAAAUAAUAAUAACUGGUUUCUUUUUUAAAAAAAAAUGUCUAGAGAUUCAUGAACUAUCCCAUGGGUAUAUCUUGAAUAUUAUGAGCCAAACCUACCAAUUAAUGAUGGCACUUCCUGAUGAGUGGUAUUUCUAUCUGUGAUCAAAGGCUAUUAUGGGAUAAGAAAAGGCAGGUAUGUCAAUGGGGACCUUGUGAUUAAUGUGCUUAAAUGUUGACAAUUAAGCCAGACUUAUUUGCUGCAUUCUGAUAGAACCUCACUGUUAUCAAGGGUAUCAUGCUACCCAGUGUGUACGUAGGGUCUGUAUUUACAAAAAAAAAAAAAAAAAAAUUACAAUUCCGCAGUUUUUCCUCUCUCUCAAAACUGUUUUUUUCCUCCCUUUAAUGAUUUGGACUUAACGUGGUUUAUGUCUAAUGUUUGUACAAUUAUUUAGAUUGCAUGGAUGUGUAAUGUAAAAACCACAUUUAAUGGAGAUUGAGCCACUUAAUUGUGCUAUCAAAUCUUGGAUUACUUAUGAUAAUGGACAAAAAGGUCUGCAGCAGAUUGAAGAGGAAGCCAUGAAGGAUGGAUUAGAUAUUAUUUGCUUCAAAUCCAAGAGGGAGCACAAUUUUGGAGAAAUUGUUUUGAUGAUCCGUGGGGGAAAAGGGCUGACCUUCUUCCCCCGACACACACUUUUUUGUCAAUAUUAAAAAAAAAAAAAGAUUCUCGUUUGGCACUGAGGGGGGAAGGAAUGAGUGCAAAUAAAUAUUUCAAAAGGUUGUUAAGAGAUCGUACUAGAAUGCAAGCUCCUUUGUCUAGAGACUUUGAAAAUGCUCCUUGUGCAUUUUAUAUUUCAUUGUAUCAUAUUUUCUAUAAAAUGCAAUUUCUGUAAA